AUGCGCGCUUCAACAUGCCCGUUGUUGGAGCAAGCCUUGUUGCGGAAAAGGUGGGCAGCCCGUCGACAGUUCGGAGUGUCUGCGCGGGAAAUGCUUGGUGUCAGCUGGAACUGCAGCGAGGAGGAGGUCCGGAAAGCUUUUCGCCAACGUGCAAAGGCUUUACAUCCAGACAUGCAGCCAGAUGGGAGCGACAAGGAGGCUGCCGCUGCAAAGUUCCGCGAUAUCCAGGAGGCCUAUGAGGAGGUGCUGCGCGAAGUGAGAGGUCUUCCUGUGGGGAAGCCGAUCUCCAGGCAGAGGCACAAUGGGCCAGAACCUGCUUACAAGAGCAGAGAGUGGGAUGCAGCGCGUCGGCAAUCGCCUCCCAGCAAGCCGGGCUUUCGCAACCUGUCGAUGGCGGCGAUAGCCACCUGCAUGGCUCUCACAUACAUCUCGUUCAGUGCGGAUGAGCAGGUAAGCGGUCAGGAAAAGCAAGAGUUUGCUGCGAAACAUGUGCGGCUUCGUCAGGAACAAGCAGAGCGUGAACAACGCGAGCUGAAGCGGCAGCUUGAGCAGAAGGCGUGCGGUUGCUGCAGUGCUAACGGCUUUGGCGAUGUAUGUCUGCAAGACUUCUGUGAGUCAGUGUCUCCGCUCGCGGUCUUUUUGUUGCUACCAGGAGCAGGCUCUGCUGCAGGGCCUUCCUUUACCGAAGCAGCUCCCGCCUUGGUUGGACCGGACGAGUACAGCAUCGACUCACUUCUGCCGCCUGGAUCGCCGUCAAUGGCCAUGGACUCGAUUCUCCCGGCGCUGCCUGAGCAGCAAGCGGAGCACGACUCUGAAACCGAUCGAGCAGAGGAGUCAAAGCACAGUCGCAAGGGGCGCAAGAGGGUGACAGAGAUGACACAGGUCCCCAAGGACACCUUUCUUGCCAAAGAGGAGACCUUGGAACAGUUGAGGAAGGUGCCCAUCUUUGCCAGCCUGGACGCGAAGGACUUGGAGCGAGUUGCCGGGAUUGCCCAGGUUCGCGCCUAUGAACAGGAUGAAGUGAUCGUGAAUUAUGGCAUGGAUGUUGAAGGAUUGCACAUCGUGCUUUCAGGCAGCGCGCAAAUCUCCGUGCCGCAGCCGGCUGGAACCCUGAGUGCCGGGCAGUACACGGGGGCGGAGGCUCUUCAGGUGGGGCAGUCCCGUGCCAGCUCUCAGCUUACGGCUGGUGCAGAUGUCCGCACGCUGUGCGUCUCGAGAGCAAAGUACGAGGAUCUUAAGAUGACACAGCCCAAGUUGAAGAAGGACGAUCGUGUCAAGGCCCGCAAAAUGAUAGGGUCGGUUUCGACUGCCCUUCAGAUGACCAGAAAUCGCAAGAUUUCACUGCCGCCAGACGUGUGCCAUAUCACUGGACAUCGGAAGGUGCUAGACUACCAGAAAACCGACGAAGACAGGCAAAUGAUUUCCAAAGGCUUGAAGAACAACAAGAUCCUCUCUGAGGUGGUCGGCCUCACGCAGGACCAGUGUGAUCAUGUUGUCAGCGCGACACACCUGAUCGAGGUUCCAAGCGGGACUUGUGUCUUCAAGAAAGGGGAUCUUGGCACAGCGCUCUUCAUCGUGCAGGAGGGGUUGCUGAAGGUGAACUUGGUGACGUUUGAAGUGGUGUUGCGAAUUGGCGACACUUUCGGAGAGCUUGCCUUGCUUUACGACGAGCCUCGUACGGCCACCAUCGAAGCCACACGCGACUGCAGGCUUUGGGUGCUGCCACGCACCAUGUUCAAGGAAAUGUUGCAGAGCACAGCUGUGCUGAAGGCCAAGGAGUAUAGCAUGAUGCUGCACCAAGUGCCGCUCAUCCGAGAGCAGGUGGACUUGGCACUGCUCUCGGUCCUGGCCGGAGCUCUUGAGGAGACGGUGCUGGACAAAGACGAGUUUCUGUGCGUUCGGGGUGAGGAUGAAGGUAUGCUCUUCUUGAUCGCCAGCGGUUUCUGCUCCGUCAUCGACGCCGACCCAGACGACCAAUCACAUGUGAAGAAGGGCCUUCUGAAAGGCGACUGGAUUGGGGAGAUGCAGCUGAGCGAGAUGGCGCCAGCAACCAGGACAGUUGUGGUACAGUCAGAGAAAGCGACUGUUUUGUCGCUGGAUAGCUACCACUUCGAACUGGUCAAGCAAGCUUCGCAGGACCACACAAUCCUCGAGCAGGUGAAGGCUUCACGCGGUGGUGUUCAGGAAGUUAGCAAUUGGCUGAAGAAGCGGCGAGCAAGCACCACGGGCCGGCGCCCGUCCACCAUCAGUGAGCGAGGAGUCCGGAUAUGGCAGAUGAAGGAUUUCGAGACUGCUGGAGCCCUUGGUGAGGGCAACUUCGGCCUAGUUCUUCUACUGAGAGACAAGGAGACGCGGGCCGAAUAUGCCUUUAAAGGUCUCAACAAGCUGCACCUCGAGCAGGAGAAGCAAGACAGCAUGUUGAAGAACGAGCGCAACGUCCUGUCUCUGCUGGACAGCCCAUUCAUUAUUCAUCUGCAUGGCUGCUUCCACGACAGCAACUUUGUUUACUUCCUCUUGGAAGUCGCUCUAGGCGGCGAACUCUUCGACAUCUAUAACGACUAUGACCUCUGGGGAAAGACGGAUGUGGCGCAGUUCUACGUGGCUUGCGUGUCCUUGGGCCUGGCGCACAUUCACUCCAAGCACAUAGUUUGGCGUGACCUCAAACUGGAGAACUGCUUGGUCAACUCCAAGGGCUAUGCAAAGCUGACGGACAUGGGAAUCGCUAAGAUGGUGACUGGCAAGACCUACACAGUGUGUGGCACCGCAGACUACUUUGCCCCAGAAACAUUGAAACAGGUGGGGCAUAACCGAGCUGCCGACUGGUGGGCUUUGGGGGUGAUGCUGUUCAUCAUGAUGGCAGGGCACAGCCCCUUCGACGCGCCAGAGGUGACACAGAUCUACAAAAACAUCAUCAAAGGCCUCAGCAAAGUGCAGUUUCCUCCCUCCAUUUCGAAGGAGGCGGAAGAAUGCGUGCGAUCUCUGUGCCGCAAGAAGCCGGAGGACCGCCUGACCAUGCAGCGCGGUGGCAUCAGUAAUUUGAUGUCGUUGGCUUUCUUCGACGGCUUUAACUGGGAGGAAGUGAAGGCAUUGACCAUGACUCCACCAUGGAUUCCGCCAGAACCCGACUACGGGAAGAUUGCUGCGAGGCAGCUUUCCCGACCCGUCGAAAUCCAAUGGGACGAGCUGCAGCUGUGGCUGCCAUCUGAUGAGGCUCCACAGUUGCCCGGAGGGCCUUCCAGCCACAGCAUGGAGAAUGUGGAGGCGACAGAAGAUCCAGCAGGCUGGGAGCCUGUCGUCCAGGCGUCCGAGGAGGAUGACCAGUGGCUCUCUGGACUCUAG